GCGUGGACACGUUCUGGUACAAGUUCCUGAAGCGGGAGCCGGGAGGCGAGCUCUCCUGGGAAGGAAAUGGGCCUCAUCACGACCGCUGCUGUACUUAUAAUGAAAACAACCUGGUGGAUGGUGUUUAUUGUCUCCCAAUAGGACACUGGAUUGAGGCCACUGGGCACACCAACGAAAUGAAGCACACAACAGACUUCUAUUUUAAUAUUGCAGGCCACCAAGCCAUGCAUUAUUCAAGAAUUCUACCAAAUAUCUGGCUGGGUAGCUGCCCUCGUCAAGUGGAACAUGUGACCAUCAAACUGAAGCAUGAAUUGGGGAUUACAGCUGUAAUGAAUUUCCAAACUGAAUGGGAUAUUGUACAGAAUUCCUCAGGCUGUAACCGCUACCCAGACCCCAUGACUCCAGACACCAUGAUCAAGCUGUAUAAGGAAGAAGGCUUGGUUUACAUCUGGAUGCCGACACCAGAUAUGAGCACCGAAGGCCGCGUGCAGAUGCUGCCCCAGGCCGUGUGCCUCCUGCAUGCGCUGCUGGAGAAUGGACACACCGUGUACGUGCACUGCAACGCCGGGGUGGGCCGCUCCACGGCGGCUGUCUGUGGCUGGCUCCAGUACGUGAUGGGCUGGAACCUGAGGAAAGUGCAAUACUUCCUCAUGGCCAAGAGGCCGGCAGUCUACAUUGAUGAAGAUGCCUUGGCCCAGGCCCAGGAAGAUUUCUUCCAGAAAUUUGGGAAGGUUCACUCCUCCAUCUGCAUCCUGUAGCUGGUCAGCCUGCCUCCCCUCCCUCUCAGUUUCCUCAAGGAGCCCAGAGUGAUGUGAAUCAAACAGCCUAGAAACAAAGAUUACACCUGAACUGAAAGACUUUGUGUCCUCCCCUCAGCAGCCCCCUUUCAUCUGGGGAUGACUUUCUGUUAUGCUUUGGUUGGGUUGUAUCUUUGAAAUAUUUUACAAAGACAGCUGUGACUAACACAUGAGAAAAAGCCCAAAGCAGUAAGGCUGAGCAUCAGACAGAAAGAUAAUGUGUGCAGUUCCGGCUGCCUGCAGGCAGAUGAGUCCUUUGCUCUACAGGCACUGCAUGCAGUGCGUUAUUAUGAAACUUUGGCUGCACUUUCUUGUUGCAUUGUAACUCUUUGGCAUGCAGAAGAAAAGACAGAGAGCUGUGUGGAUUUGCACACACACACAUAUACACACAUGUCCACUGCUUUCCUGCUGAGCUAAACUGAAAUUAUAAAACAAGAGCUGAUCAGUUGCCAAAGGAGGGAAAUAAACGUAGAGACCUCAACUGUGACAAAAGAGGAGCCCCAAGUGUUGGCUCUCUUAGACUUUGUUUUUGCAUCCUACUUCAUGGUUGUUAAAGUCUUUUCAAAGGUAUCACCUCCCUAAGUUCCCCAACAACCCUGUGUGAAGUAGAGUUAUGAUCUCUCUUUUUGUUUAAAUGAGGCUCAGUGAGCACAGUAACUUGCCCAAGGUCUCAUGGCUAGUCAAGGAUGAGUUGGAGUUAAUAACCCAUGUUUGUUUGACUCUGUGCUUCUUUCAACACAACUUCUUGUUUUUUUCCAACAUCGUGUACUGAAUUCAGUUCUGUCUCUCUCAGAGUAAAGUCAAUAUCCCUGUAGGAGUUUCCACAGUGAGAAACAGAACAGAGUCCUGAUCAGUUGCCAAAUAAUUUAGGAAAGUAGUUGUAUUUUGUGCAAGCUAAUUUAAAACAUGGUGGGCUGUCUCGAGGCCUGUGUGGCCUGAGCCAUAGCACAUGAGAGCAACUAUAUUACCCAAACAGCCCAAAGAGCCAAAAUCCACAGAUAAUUGUUCCACAGCCUUAGACAUCUUUGUUCAACCCUCAGUUUAGCAUAAUGCACAGUCCUUGUGCCUCCAGAAUAUGCAGUUUGCUCCCCUAAAUUCUACAGGAAUACAAAGGUGGACAAGACUUUGCCUUCAAAAGUGUGCAGCCUAGUAAUAGGCUGUUAGAGCAACCAACCGUGUUCAACCAAUUGUGAUACAGGAUUGACCUGUGAAUGGUAUGCUAAAAUAGAAGAAAGGGAAGUGUCCUCUUAUUCAGUGCCUCUAUAUGCUAGGUAUUUUACAAUCAUAUCCAAUUUAAUCUUCACAAUGCCCAACGAGAGAGGUCUCAUUAUCGCCAUUAUACUGAUGAGAAAACUAAGACUGAGAGAGGUUAAUUCUACUGGCCAUUGUCUCAUGUUGAAUAAAAUUAGAUACAAAGAUGAAAUUAGAUACCAAACUAGGUUUAUCUGACUCAAAACCUAUGCUUUUUCUAUUAAACUAUGAUGCUGAUUUAUUUUUCUGCUCCUUCUUUUCUUCUGCCAAUACAUACUGACAGAUAUGAGAGACUGAUUUAGGGGGCAUGGGGGAUAAGAAGGAUAGAAGGUGAGUUUCAGUGGAGCUCAGAGGAGGAGGAGAUGUCUUAUUACUGUGGCAUUUAGGAGCAAUGACAUUUGCUUUGGGUAGAGGAGGCUAGACAGGACACAUCUCUACCAGAGUUUUACAAAUUAAAUAAUGUGAAGUCCAGCUUCCUUGCUAAAAAUAACUGGAGGUAACUAUUGUAUUCAAGUAACUCAUUUAUAGUCACAAUGUGUUGUGUGAAACUUAGUCUUAAUGGAAUCUUUUAAACUCAUUAUUUACGUGUGUGUGUGCGCGCGCGUAUGAAUUUUCUUGAUGUCUAAGAAAUCCAGCUAUAUAAUCUCUGCCAUAAAAAUAUGUUUUGGGGCAGAAUUUUCUCUUUGUCCUUUUUUGCUCUGAUAGACAAAAUCAUUUUAGGAUGACUUAAAAAUGUUUUGGAGUAAACUCUCUUUUCUUCAAUGAAUGGGAUGUCUAAUGUGUUUCAAAAUCACCUGAAAUUUUUGCUAAAUAAAAACAUU